AGUCAACGACGAAGGUGAAGGUCAUUACUUGAGAGGCGUGGAUUCUAACAACAUGGUGAAAGAAGUUGAUGUGAAGGGGUACGAAGAGUACCAGAAAGCUGCCGAUGAGAACAAAGACAAGGUCGUCUUUGCUUUGUUCUGUGGCGAUGUAGAUGAUCAAGGGAAGAGCUGGUGUCCCGACUGCGUGGUUGCUGAACCGGUUGUGACAAGAAAUUUGAAGAGUGCCCCAGAUGAUGCUAUUUUUAUCCACUGUAGCGUUGGACCUCGUGAUUUCUGGAAAGACAAAAGCAACAUCUUCCGCACAGAUCCAAAACUUGUGUUGAAGAGUGUUCCCACACUACUGAGACUAGGAAAACCCCGGAGACUGGAGGAGGAACAGUGUGCGAAGGAUGACUUGGUCCAGAUGCUGUUAGAGGAGGACUGAUUCUGAUUUAACCAGACUCUGAUAUGAUAUGAUAUGUUUGUGGAUCAAAGACUCUGAUGUAUUACAUUGUCCAGCUUGAUAUUCAGAAGAAAUGGGUGCUAUCUGACAUGGAACUUCAGAAAAGUUUGUUCUCCUAAUGGUGUGAAAUGUGGAACAGACAUAAGAUGAUUGAAAUUGUUGUGUUUUCUCUUAAUAAUGUUAUAAGACAACUUCCAAUGUAACAUCAAUAAACAUCAUCCUUUAAA